AUGACCGUGGCGAUAUGCCAGUCCUAUUGCCUUAGCAACGGUUUCAACUUCGCGGGUGUCGAAGACGGCAAUGAGUGCUGGUGUUCCAACUCAAUCCAGAACGGAGCGAGCGCGGCGAGCUCCUCAGACUGUUCUACUCAAUGCCAAGGAAAUGCAAACGAAAAAUGUGGUGGAGGCUGGCGGAUCAACAUUUAUCAGUAUAUUCCGCCGAAUGGUCCUCGCUGGUCGUCCGUAGGCUGCUAUGUUGAUGCCAACAAUCGCGCCCUGCCGAAUUACGCCGAAUCCUCGUCCUCAAUGACGACCGAAGUAUGUCAGUCCUUCUGUGGAAAUGCGGGUUAUAGUUAUGCGGGAACGGAGGACGGCAACGAGUGUUGGUGCGCCAACUCUAUCCAGAAUGGUGCUACGCAGGCAAGCAGUGCAGACUGCAGCACACCGUGCGUCGGUAACUCUGGCGGUGCGUAUCCUGGUUCAAAGGAUUUCAUCGCACAAUUAAUGAAUUGGCUAUAG